AUGGAGACGAAGAAAUCACCUCUCACCAAGGACAGUCGUGUCCAAGAACUAUCAGUCCCACACUCGUUAUCGCAUUCACGAUCUGGACUUCGGCUAUCGAAGCAUUACCGUGACCGAGCUGUGCCUAACGAGGAGGAGAAAGAAUUACCACUGGUGGAACGCACCAAUGCCCUGAGCGUCCACGACUUCGUCUCCCGCUACGUCGACUCGACCCAACUACAUAUAGACAUCACAAGCAAACAAGACGACUCUGCGACAACAACUAAAGCACAAAUCCAUAUAUACUCCGCAUCCACAAUCCCAUCUCUCGACUUUGAGGGCUGCUUCUCCCUGAUCGAAACAACUUCAUCCGAAGACUACAAAACCUCAUCGAUGGGCUGGUCACCAACCAAGAAACGCAAAGAAAUGCGUCUUCCAGAUAUGCGCUACAUGGUCCUGAGGGGUCCACCACAACCAUCCCCAACCCCUCAGAGGAGUCAUAACAACAAUACCCAAACAAGCGGCAGUACUAGCACUAGCACCAGCACAACUGCUGAUACAAGCGAGGUUUCAUCCACGUCCGAUCUUAUAGAUACCACCCCCAGUCCACCUGCAACAACUGCUGCUGCUGCGGCUACUACAACGACGACGACAUCCCCCCACUCUGAAGUUCUCGCUUUCCUCUCCUUUAUGACAACCUACGAAGACGGCAAACAAGUCCUGUACUGCUACGAAAUCCACAUUCAUCCUUCGCUCCAGGGCCAGGGAAUCGGUCGGCAUCUCAUGACUUUGUUUGAAGAGACGGGUCGUCGAAUCGGGCUCGAAAAGGGUAUGUUGACCGUUUUCAGGGCCAAUAGUGCUGCGACGGGCUUCUAUGAGAGGUUGGGGUAUAGUGUUGACGAGUUUUCGCCGGGGCCGAGACAACUACGGAAUGGGACGGUGAAGGAGCCGGAUUAUUUGAUUUUAUCCAAGCGCUUUUGA